GUAGUGUAUGCAAAUUGUGGAAGAUGAACACAAUCGUUUUGGGGAUUCGCACUUAAUCGUCAGAGUUUCUAACGGAUUUUCUUUUAAUCGUCCCGCUGAAAAUGUCCAAGCACUCCGAUAUUGACAACCUACGAAAUGACAUUUACGAAAAUCUGCCCUGCCAGGCAAUGUACAAUGAAGCUGUUCGCAAAAUACAACAACAGAAAUCUUCCCAAUCGACUACCAACGACACAGUCGCCGCAGCCGUGGCUAAUAAUCCACUGUCACAACAACUUCUAUUAAAUAACAUCAGCAACCAAAAUGCUGCCAAUUCCAAUCCCAGUACAAACGCCACCAGUUUGACAAGCAACGCCAAGCAACGCCAACAGUCUUCGCCCUUAUCCCUGCAGCAGCAAACUAACAACAAACACUAUGCAACCAAUAAUAUGUCCAAAGAGAUGCUCUACGCUACACCGCUACGCAAAUCGGAUCGUUUUAAAAGCGGUGAACGCAUGCGCUUUAACAGUUCCGGCGCACGCCCACAUUCCGGCGGUACCAAUCAUGAUGCUCACGAUACCAAGUUGUCCAACCUAAUGGAAUACAAACAACUCAAUUCGAAAGAUUUGUCGCGUUUGUGUAGUCGUAAUGGCAACGCCAUACCCGUUACCGAUCUCGAUGACGACAUGGCUUUGGAUGGCUGUUCGUCUAGUGCGCUGGUCGGCGGUUCACAUUACUCGAAUCAGCCUGCCUCUUUGCCACCUCUGCCCAAGUCCAGUACGCCCAGUCAUCAAUUGGAGGACCGACGCAUUCUCAAUUUCUUAAAGGACACGACACAAUUACAAAAAAAGCUAGAAGUUUCCGGGCGCGAUUGUCCUAAUGCCGGCUUCUCCAAUUUGGCACGCGAAGAACACUUUGCCAAUUUGAUGCAACAAAAUUUCCCCAUUGAAACGACGCGUAGCAAUGGUGGCGCUAGAGCAGAUGCCAGUGAAGAGCACAGCCUUAGUACCACCGCUGAUACAAGUGAGUCAGUAUUAACGGAAACUGCUGAUAAUUUGGAAGUGCUAAUGCAAAAGAAGCUUUCGCCUGACAAAGAAGUGACUGGUAUUGUGUCUAGCAGUGGUUCUCAAAGUCAAACAUUGACCGCGCGGCAUUGUCAACCAGUGUAUAUACACCGCGAAUGGGUGCUAAAGAAGAUAGCACUAUGCUUGGAGCAACGCACCGCAGGCAAGAAGAACAUACCAAGUCUACUGAGCGCUAGCAAUGCAGGCAAGAGCGAAGCUGUUGGAGGUUUUAUGGCUGCGCGUGCAAAGGCCGCUGCUAUAUCUAGUUCUUCUUACAACGGUUGUCUUGUGUUGGGCUCUAACGGCUCAGGGAAGACUUCCAUCUGUCAAGCCAUAAUGAAUGGCAACUCUGGCACCAAAGGCAUACUAAAUCGCAAAUUACUCGGCUGCUAUCUUAUCGAAUCACAGAACCCCGAAUGUCAUAGCCUUUCGUUAUUUAUACGCAAAGUGGUGCUACAAAUACUAAGUCAUUCAUCGAUUAUCACCAAGGAUGAAUGUCAACGCGUAAUUGAUGAAGGUUUCUCAUUUCUGCAAGAGGAGGCGCAGCAACAGGAAUCGAAACUCGACGAAGCUAUGAACAAUAUAACAUUGAACGAGAACGUCGAGGAUAUUUUAAUUGCCGAGCUGCGACGUGGAGCCAGUGAUAGUGACGCUGCUGAUAAACCGGAGCAUUUUCAGGAGCGACGCACUUCAACCAGCAACAAGAAGUCAACUAAUGCAUGCAUUAUGCGCCAAAAGUCUGAACCGACACCAGUAGAUGACAAUGCUGCUUCGGGCGAAGAAAAAAGAUAUAACAAUUAUGGCACACAUCCGCCGGCAACAGGCAACAAAAGCAAUGUGAGAGAAUGCAACGAAGAUAAAGACAACGAUACCGAGAAAGAAAAGCGCAACGAAGCGGAAAAAGAGAAAAGUUCACCUUCGACGUCUUCGAAGUGUAGUCCAGGAAAGAAGUCUAAAAUUCCAGUAAAACUCGGGCGCCCAAGCGCUGUUGCUUCGCCGGUCAAGGUUAUUUCCGCCAUCACUCCCAAAAACGGCAUUUCUGCUAUACAGCACGGGGGAGGUGAGGACAUUGCUGACAUGGUAAGCGAAGAACUAAAGAACGAGAUAGAGGCGGCUAUAAAUGAGGAUAAUGUUGACGGAAGCAAGCGCAUAGAGGAAAAGCCGAUAUCCGAUAAAGACGACGACGAAGACGAAGACAAACCAGAGGCAGAUAAGAACCUGCAAGUAGUUCUCAAAGAAUCUAAGCCAAUGAAUGAAAAAGAACACAUCGAUGAGGAAGAUAAAGAAAAUUUCGGCAACCUCAUAGAAUUCGAACAGCAAAGCAACAGGGACAUAGCGGAUAAUUAUCUACAUCCUAGUGGUUUAUCCGUUAAUAUGAAUACUUUACCUCCACCAUUACCAAAGCCAAAAAGUUGUCGCACAGUAAUCGCAGAUGGAUACUAUGAGAUGUUAAUUUCAAACCCAGAAAUACUGGAGUGUUUAAGCGUUGACAACAUCGAGAAGAAUCCAGAUGAAUGUUUCAAAAAGGCGCUACUAUUUCCACUACUUGAGCUUACACCACCCAAAACAGCGCUGCUGCUAUUGAUCGACUCCAUAGAUGAGAACUACAUAAACGAAGGUAAUCUGAUUACAACCUUGAAAGGUGGACGCGGUACGACGACCAACCACAAAAGUCGCAACGUCGCAGAACUGUUAUCCAAUCACAUACAUCUCUUCCCCAAAUGGCUGUUCCUCGUCUGCACCACCAAAAAACAGACUAAGCAAAUUACGCGCAUGUUUACGGGCUUCAAGAAGAUCACAUUGGAUGACUUGCGGAAAUCACAUGUUGUGAAGGAUGUACAAGAGUACAUCAUUAAUAGGUUGAACUCAGACUUUAAAGAUAGUAUUAUGCUCACAAAGGAAAUAAUUGAGUCCCUACAUCAAUUAUAUAUUAAAUCCAAUGGCUGUAUACUCUAUUUGGAGAAAGUAUUGAAUGGUAUCAAGGAGAAUUUCUUCAGUUUUCGCGAGAUCAAAUUGAUACCAUGCACGCUAAAUGGCUUAUAUUUGUACAUUUGUCAGAAGUCGUUUAACAAAAAGCAGUACAUGAAAAUUCGGCCACUUCUAAAUGUACUACUCGCUUCAUCUGGUUAUGUGGAUAAGCUUUUCCUCUUUAAUUGCCUACGUACACACAACUAUGCCAUCGAUACGGACGAGUUUGAGAAACGUUUACAUCUGAUGAAGAACGUUGUUUCUUAUGAUGCCGACCAACAACGGCUGAAGAUUUUCCACAACUCCUUUUCCGACUGGUUGGUCGACGUGAAGUUCGCCACCAAAAAGUUUAUAUGUGAUGUUAACGAGGGCCACGUUAUGGUAUCAAUGUACUACUUGCUGGUCGCCGACACACUGUGCGCCAACAAUGUGCGAAAAUUCGUAUACCAUCUCAUCAAGUCGGGCGAAUAUCUCACCAGUCGCAAUGUGAAUUUAGAUAUAAUACUCAUGUUACUCGAAUCGCGGCUCAAUUUGAAUGAUGCGUUCUAUACGAACCAUUUGAACUGCUGCUCACAGUGUGAAAAUGAUUUUAAACACGAUCCCAAUUUUCUGCCUAAAACGCGAAGUAUGAUUGAGAAAUUUUUGGGCAGCGAUUUGACUGACGAAUUUUCACAGUUUUUGUGCGACUUCUUCAAGCCAAGCUUACCAACAGAUGCGAAAAUACUAAAGUUGUUAAUCGAGACGGGCAUCAAUAAUGCAGAAGCACAGAACUCUUGCGAAUCAUCACUCAUGUCCCCCGAACUCUCAGAAAAAUCGCAAAACAUAGACUUUGAACUAGCUGACUUGUUGAUCUCAAGUGAGAAAUCAUGCAUAGUGGAAACACAACGGCCCACCAGCCCAUCGGAAAAGAGCGAACCACAUCAAGAAAGUCAAGACGAGAAUGCCUCAAGCACACUUCACCAACUCUCCGAUUCCAACCGCAUUGAGUUGCACAAAGGCAAAGCACUCAUACACAUUUUAGCCAAUGAUGGCAAUCACCAGCUGCUCGAACGUGCCCUCAACGCCUGUAAAGGGCCCAUCGAUCUCGAAAUUGAAGACUAUAACGGACAGACUGCACUGAAUAUUGCUGCACGUAAUGGUCAUUUAGACGUCGUUAAGCUAUUACUAAGUUUCUCGCAACCUUGUAACGACGGCACUGGCCGAAUGAAGCGUGUCGAUGUCAAUCACGCUGACCGCGAUGGUUGGACGCCUUUACGUUCUGCUUCAUGGGGUGGCCAUACAGAGGUCGUAAAAUUGUUGAUCUCACAUCCAGCGUGUAAAAUUGAUCUGGCUGACAAGGAGGGACGAACUGCGUUGCGCGCGGCCGCAUGGAGCGGACACGAAGACAUACUGAAAAUACUAAUAGAGUCGGGUGCCGAUGUAAACUCUGUCGACAGGCAGGGUCGUACCUCCUUGAUCGCCGCCUCCUAUAUGGGUCACUAUGAUAUUGUUGAAAUACUGCUGGAGAAUGGUGCCAAUGUUAACCACUUAGAUUUAGAUGGACGCAGUGCUCUCUGCGUGGCUGCUCUAUGCGGCUCCUCAGGCUAUAGUAAAGUUAUAUCUACAUUAUUGGAAUAUGGCGCCAACACUGAUCAACUGGACAACGAUGGCAUGUCACCACUACUAGUGAGUUCUUUCGAAGGCAACGCCGAGGUUUGUGAGCUUUUACUAGAGAAUGGCGCUGAUCCCGAUCUGGCGGAUUUCAUGGGCCGCACACCGCUCUGGGCCGCUUGCACUGCCGGGCACGCCAACGUGGUAAAGCUACUCCUCUUUUGGGGUUGCGGUAUCGAUUGCAUGGACUCGGAGGGACGUACCGUACUUAGCAUAGCUGCAGCGCAAGGAAAUGUUGAGACUGUAAGACAGCUACUAGAUCGCGGUUUAGACGAAACACAUCGCGACAAUGCCGGCUGGACACCAUUGCACUAUGCAGCAUUCGAAGGCUUUCAUGAAGUCUGUCUGCAGCUGUUGGAGUCGGGUGCCAAGAUUGACGAAUGCGACAAUGAGGGAAAGACUGCACUGCAUCUGGCGUCGCAAGAGGGUCGAACCAAGUGCGUACAAGUGCUCCUCGAAAUACAUCCAACAUUCGUCGAUCAGAAAGCACAUGAUGGCAAAACAGCAUUCCGACUGGCAUGCUUGGAGGGCCAUCUAGAAACUCUACAGUAUUUGCUGAAAUUCUGUUGCGAUGUAAACGCCAAGGAUGCGGACUCGCGUACUACGCUCUACAUAUUGGCAUUGGAGAAUAAGCUGGAUAUAGUUAAGUACCUGUUGGAAGUGACCAAUGUCGAUGUUAAUAUACCAGAUAGUGAAGGACGAACUGCGCUACAUGUGGCCGCUUGGCAGGGACACGCUGAGAUGGUUAAAAUGCUUAUAACAAUGGGUAACGCCGAUGUGAAUGCUAUGGACCUGGAAGCUCGCACACCACUGCACUCUUGCGCCUGGCAAGGCAACCACGAUGUCAUGAGCAUACUGCUAUACUUUGGUGCAGUGGCGGAUCAUGCAUGCAAACAAGGCGCCACCGCUUUGGGCAUAUCGGCACAGGAGGGACACGAAAAGUGUGUCAUUGCUUUACUGAAGUACGGUGCUAAUCCAUAUAAGUCAGACCAUUGCGGACGUACGCCAAUAAAAUUGGCUGCCAAAUCCAACCGCACAAACAUACUAAAGAUUUUUGACAACUUUACUAAGAGUGAGAUAUAUGCAGACAAAUGCGAUUCCAACAAUCUAGUCGAACCAGCGAAGUUCCACCCGAAUAUGCUGCGUUCACCCGAUCAGCCACCGGCGCUACCUGCGCACCAAAGUCUCGGUAUAGGUGCACCAUCUUAUCCGCCACACGCUUCGGCUCCCUCAAUUUGCUCGGCGGCAACCACAGCUACUGUUAAUAACAGCAUGAAUAACAAUAACAAUUGCAUGCAAGUUCCAUCAAAUAUACUGAAUGCAUCAACUUCAACUCAUAGCUCCAAUAAUUUCUAUCAGAAUACAAUGCAAUCGGACGCGAGCAGUUUACACAAGCGAAAAAGCGUCAUCUCUAGUCAAUCAACAGGCAGCAGCAAUGAUCAAGCGCCUCUCACUUUCACACAGCAACUGCAACGUCAAACCAAACUCAAUUCACGGAACAAUCCAUUCGUGCAAAAUGCGCCAAUCAUCAGUUCGAAGCAUGGUGCAGCCUCAACAUCUGCCGCCGCUUCCGGUGCAAUGCAGCAACAGCAGAAAGGGCAUCACUCGCAGCGGCACUCACAAUUGCUGCCUGAUCUCAAUGAACAUCACUUUGUUUCUGGCAUUGGUGCCAAUGAGGCUGAUCUCUACGAUAUGGAAUGCAUGUCCCCGCUCUAUGCUACACCACCACAUUCGCCCAGCAGUGAGUUAAGUUCACCCGGUCAGCUACCCUCACUAAAUGCAUUCGAUGAAAUUCCCGGCGCCUCGGGCAAUGCCAGUGGCAAUCACACAAACGGUUGCAGUUCAGGUGGAAAAUCUGUGCUGCCAGAUAACCACUUCGCACGCGAUACUCAUAUGCGCAUAAUAUUGGGUAAUUUAAAGGAGAGCCAACCGAGUUCGUCAAGCAAAAGCAAACGCAGCGGAAUUACAACAAAUCCUGCAAUGCGCCUAAUACGCAGCCGUUUCGAUUCAGCCGCACAGCUAAUACGGCGCACCAACAAUAUGCUCUCAUCCAACAGCAAUCAGGGAUCAUCAAGCAUUGGUGUGAAAUCGGGCACGUUUCAAUGGCGCAAGGAAAGUCAGAUGUAAAUUAUAAAAAAUUCGCGAAUAUUUAAAGAAAACUGAAAUAAACAUACAUACAUAAAUACAUAGUUAUAUAGUUGCACGAAGAAACAUUUAAAUGACCAUAGAAAGUGCAUACGAACUAAGGAUCAACUAUUUUUUGGUUGCACACUCAAACUUACGUAAAUAUACAUGCAUACAUACAGACAUACAUGCAUAGAUAUAACUAAAUUUAAAACGAAAUUAGUUAUAAAUACAUAUAUACAUACGUAUGUACAUCGUCUUUAGUUAAUUAUAAGCGAUUACGACUACGAUUUUAUUUGUGAUAAUUAAAUAUUUAAUUUGAUGUUUAAUUGUAAUUUAUUUGUUUUGUAUGUUUAUGCUUUUAUGUUAUUACUUUUAACUAUACAAUUACAUAAUUCGUAGCAUAAGUCAUUAUUAAAUUAAAUACAUAGAUACAUAAAAAUACAUAGUACUUGCAUAUAUAAAGAAGUUCAUAUACUUACAGUUCAUUCGAACUUAAAUUCAGAUGUCUUAGCGGCAGUGAGAUUAGUAAACUAUUGCUAAAUUUAGAACGUAUUAACUAAACAUAAUUUACUAUUAUAUAUUUCAAUUAAUUUCAACUUACAUCUGUAGAAAUAUUUGAAUGAGUACAUUGCAAAAAAGAGGAAAUAAAGUAGUAAAGUUGCACGCAAGAAAUUAUAAGUUUUAGAUGUAUUAAAAUUAAAACACCAGGAAAUUUGUUGCAAAAACCAAAACGAAUGAGAUUUUCGAAAAUAUCUACAUACAUACUACAUACUUCAUGAAGUUAUUUAAGAAUAAAAAAGUAAAUGAACGAAUAAAAUGAGUUUAAUGAAGUAAUGAAUUUAGGAGCGUACAAAAACACAGUUGAAUUUCUCGUUUGAAGCAAUAUUUACACGUACA